AUGCAUGAGAACGGUUUAACGGGAGUUCAUGAUGCAUGUGUCGAAUUAAGAUUAAUAAAUUUUUUUGAAAAAAUUAUUUUAGAAAAUCCUGAAAAUUUUAAUAUUAGGAAUUAUGCAAUGGUUGAGAGUCCACGAAAUGUUUAUUGUGGUGACCAAGUAAAACGAAUUGAUGGAAUAGGCGAUGGGAGAUUAUUUGUAAGAAGCGUUAAAUUGGUGAUGGAUGGGGCAUUGGGAAGUUGGGGAGCUGCAUUAUUAGAACCAUAUUCUGACGAUCCAACAAAACAAGGCUUGUUACUCUCCGAUCCUUCUUUAUUAACUACUGUAAUUAAUCAAUGGAUUGAAAAGGGAUUUCAAGUAAAUACGCAUUGUAUUGGAGAUAAAGCAAAUCAGAUUAUUAUUGAUGCAUACGAGAAAAGUUUUAAAGAUUACAUUAUCAAGUCUAGUCCAAAUAAUUCUAAUGAAUUAUUAGAAGAACAAUUAAAAGAAGAGAUUAGAAGAUUAGGAGAUAAAUUAAGAUUUAGAAUCGAACAUGCACAGAUAUUGACACAAAAAGAUAUUAAACGGAUGGGAGAAUUAAACAUAAUUCCAUCAAUGCAACCAACUCAUGCAACUUCUGAUAUGUCAUAUGCUGAACAAAGAUUGGGUCCUGAACGUAUAAAAGGCGCAUAUGCUUGGAGGUCUUUAAUUAAUUCUGGAGUUAAAAGAUUUCCACUUUCUUCAGAUUUCCCUAUAGAGUCUGUAAAUCCAUUUUUAGGAUUUUAUUCUGCAAUCACAAGAAAAUGGACAAAUGGAAAAUCUCCACAUGGUGAAAAAGGAUGGUUUGAAUCAGAAUGUUUGACGAGAAAAGAAACAUUACGUGGUUUCACCAUUGAUGCUGCUUAUGCUGGAUUUUGUGAAGAUAUUUUGGGGUCAAUAAAAAUAGGGAAAUACGCAGAUUUUAUAGUGAUUGAUAAAGAUAUUAUGAAAAUACCAGAACAAGAAAUACCAAACAUCAAAGUCUUAUCUACUAUAUUUAAUGGAAAUGUUGUUUAUGAGAAAAAUUUUCAAAACUAA